UGACGUGGAACGAAAAAAGACGAAGCGACACGAAGCCGAGCACGUCAGAUUCAGAUUCACGUUCAGAUUCCACUUCGUCCGUUCAUAUUUUCCAGGUCAGUCGGUCCAGAGGAACAAAUAGACCAAAAUGCCCGCUCCAGCCAGUUCAACGUCCGUGGGCAGCGGAUCGCGCUCCCCCAGCAAAUUGUCGGCGCCACGUAGCGCCGGAUCCGGAGGCGGCAGCACCCUGAAGCAGCGCAAGACCACCACCAGCACCACAGCGGCCCGGAGUCGUGCUCCCGGCGGAGCCGGAACUGGUGGCAUGUGGCGUUUCUACACGGACGACUCGCCCGGUAUCAAGGUUGGUCCCGUGCCCGUGCUGGUCAUGUCGCUGCUCUUCAUCGCUUCCGUCUUCAUGCUGCACAUCUGGGGCAAAUACAAUCGUUCUUAAGCCAUGCAUUUCGUAGCCAAUAAAAUACUUUCACCUCAACGAGCGUGAACAAUGUCGA